UGUUUUGUUUAUGUUUAGACCGGAUUUUUGCACAUUUCAUAAGUGAAAAUUACAUUAAACAUGUCGCAAUCCGACUUAAAUAAAAGCAUUGAGAUUAUCAACAAGACAGAAGAGUUGGCCGAUAAGAUAUUGGUUAACAAACAGGAGUUAACUGUAAUGGACAAACGGAGGCAAGAAACUCGUGAAGCGUUGCGUCUGAUGGAAAAAAGCGAUGAGCCAAAAGUAUGGAUAACAGUUGGUAGCAUGUUGGUUAAAAUGAAGCGCGAUCAAGCCAUACAGUUGCUCAAGAAGGAUCAGGAGCAAAUAAGUCAGCAAAUCAAUCUGAUUUAUUCAGAGCAAAAGAUUUUGGUGAACAAGCAUCGCGAUGUUGAGUUCAAAUCCCCCUUCUCAGGUACCAACUUAAAGGCUUUGGAUCGUAAGGAGUUUGAUGCAUUAAAAGCCAAUUUACCCAUGCUAUAAUAAUAUAAUAUUACUAAAAAUAAUGUGUAGUUUUAUAAGCAAUAAAGUUAAUGAAUUUCA